CACCCCGCCACGGCCCAGGACCAGGACUCCCAGUAUGUCCGAUUCACCCUGGUACUCUCCGUGCCUCCCCAGUAUCCCAACAAAGCUCCGGAAAUCUUGAUCAGGAACCCACGAGGGCUGUCAGAUGAGCAAAUUCAAAAGAUUUCCCAGACCCUUGGAAGUGUUGCUGAAGCCAGGCUGGGGACAGAGGUGCUCUACGAACUGAUUGAGAAGGGAAAGGAGAUUCUUACUGACAACAACAUUCCUCACGGCCAGUGUGUGAUCUGCCUCUAUGGAUUCCAGGAGAGGGAAGCCUUCACAAAGACCCGGUGCUACCACUACUUCCACUCCCACUGCCUGGCCCGCUAUGCUCAGCACAUGGAGGAGGAGAUCCUCAUGCAGCAGGAGGAGAGAGAGCAACACCUGGCACCAACCCCCAAACAGGAGCUCGGUGUGCAGUGCCCUGUCUGCCGGGAGACCCUGGUCUACGAUCUCUCCGCUCUGAAGGCGGCACCGCCCCCACAACACCCACUGGAGCCGUACAGGCCGGAUGCCAAGACCCUGCAGCACCAGGAAGAACUGCGUUUAAUUUUCAAGAGGCAGCAAGAGAAAGGGGGCAUCAUUGACCCUGAAGCAGAGAGGAACCGUUACUUCAUCAGCCUCCAGGCGCCUCCAGCUGCUGUCGAUCCAGCCUUGGCUCCGGGGCCAGCCGGGGUGCCAGAGGCCAAGGUAGAAGCUGGGCGGCCUGAGAGGGCUGCUGCACCCAGAGAGCAACAGAGCAAGAGGGAGAGGCACAGAGGGGAGAGGCCAGGCCCCAGAGGCCAGGGCAGGCAGUCAGGCGGUGGCUUGCAGGAGCCAGCAGAGGAAGGCUGUCAUCCACUGCACAGCUCCAGGGGGCCCAGGGGCUUCGGCAGGAGACCGGAGCGGAGACCUGAUGGGAGGCACAACCAGGAGUUUCCAAAACCUCACAGCAGAAGCGGGGCUGCUGAUAGAAAGGAGUUGUGCUCUGAAGACCCCUCGCCAGUAACAGAGGUGGUGGACUUGAAAGAAGAGUGCUGUGAUGUGGAGAGAUGGACCCAGGAGGAGGAGGCUGAGGUCCCGGGCACGGAGAAGGAGAACCUGACGUUCAAGGGCAGUGACAACAGAGCAGCUCCCAGUUGGCAGGGCCACCACAGGCCCUGGGAUUGCAGGAGGUGGGAGAGGCCCAGAGUGCAGGAGCAUGGUUCCCGCCCCAGAACGCCAAGAGGACGAGGAGUGUUCAGGCCCAGUGGACGACGAGAAGCCCAUCAUGAGAAAGAGAGUGGCUCCUAG